GGUCAGGGGCGCGCGGUGGAGAGGGUCUUAGGGCCGCUGGGUCAGGUUCUUCGGGUCUGGCUUUACCAAUUCGGUUUUGUACGGGAAGAGGUUGUGAGGACACGUGUCACGUGGGAAAGGGCCGACCCACGCCUGAAAUUUAACAGACACUGCUAAGAGGGCUCCUGUGCGGGCGAGCGCAGGCGUGUGGUCUCUGGCUAGUCGGGCGCUCAUGUUGUUCUUACUUCACGGCGUCAGUGCCUUGCUGUCUUCGUCUUGCAUAGCCCCUUGGCCGCGCACUUAGCAAGGGGCUAACGAACAGUAGGCUCCCCCUCCACUAAAUCCAGCAAAAGCUCCCCUUGUACCUGACUUGAUUUUUCUUUGAAAAAGAAGAGGGUUUUUCAGCUUGUCGCAGCUUUUACGUGAUGCGUCCUUGUGGGCAAGGAAACGUCUAUUUAACUGAGCUGUUGUUUUAUAUGAAGGGAUUUUUCAAGUUCUGGAAGGGAUGCAAACUUGAAUUAAAAUGGACCCAUUAAAACUUUGAUUCCCUUCAGCAACUGCUCAUGUUCAUUCAGAGUCAGCUGAGUGAGAUGAUGUAGUUUGUGCUGCUUUCAUGGAGUCAUCGUGUCUUCCGACAAAUUUCACCUUCUUUGACUGUCUUAGUUUGUGAUGUUCAUCUCUGCAUUUAUUUCAGGUCGAUGGCAAGAUACCCUUCACAAAAUAUACUGCUUGUGAUGCCUCCCUGGAAAUGACAGGGGAAAGUCCCCUCCAAACGAAAGAUUUAGGAUUUUCCAUGCUUUUCUUUGCUUCUAGAGGUUCGAGACUUCUUGCCGGGCGCUGUGGCGCAUGCCUGUAAUUCCAGCAGCUGGGGAGACUGAGGCAGGAGGAUCAGACUCAGCACCAGCUCCAACCAUGUGGACCCCAGAUGAGAUUGCUCAGCUGUGCUAUGAGCACUAUGGGAUUAGGCUGCCUAAGCAAGGGAAGCCAGAACCAAACCGUGAAUGGACAUUAUUGGCAGCUGUAGUGAAGAUACAGUUUCCAGUUUACCAGCCCAGUGAUACUCCUGAUAAGCCAGUGCAAGUGAUAAAGGAAGUUGUCUCAAUGGGAACAGGAACGAAAUGCAUAGGCCAAUCCAAAAUGAGGAGGAGCGGAGAUAUCCUCAAUGAUAGCCAUGCUGAGAUUAUAGCCAGAAGGAGUUUUCAAAGGUACCUUCUCUAUCAGCUCCAGUUGGCAGCUACCCUGAACAAGGAGAGUAUCUUUGUCCCAGGAACUCAAAGAGGACUGUGGAAACUCAGACCAGACCUCUUUUUUGUGUUUUUCUCCAGCCAUACACCCUGUGGGGAUGCCUCCAUCAUUCCAAUGCUUGAGUUUGAAGAACAGCCUUGCUGUCCUGUCAGCAGAGGUCAGGACAACAGUUUAACCUUAGAAGCCAAUGGUAACCUGAAGACUUCUGAAAAUGAAAGGAAAUGUGAAGACCCUGACAGUCCUGUAACCAAAAAGAUGAGACUUGAACCUGGAACUUCUGCCAGGUUCUUCACCAAUGGUACAGCACACCACGGCAAGGAAGAAAGUGGCCCAUUUGCACCAGGUGUCAGUGACUCAAACCUCACUGUAAAGAGACUGGCUACUGUCACCUGUGUAGCUCCCAGAAGUGCCACAGUAGUGGACAUUUAUAGAACUGGAGCCAAGUGUGUGCCUGGAGAAGCUGAAGACUUAAGGAAGCCAGGCGCUGCAUAUCACCAGGUGGGUUUGCUCCGAGUGAAGCCGGGCCGGGGAGACAGGACUUGCUCCAUGUCAUGCAGUGACAAGAUGGCCCGAUGGAAUGUCCUUGGAUGCCAGGGUGCACUGUUGAUGCAUUUCCUGGAAGAGCCCAUCUACCUGUCAGCUGUGGUCAUCGGGAAGUGCCCAUACAGCCAGGAAGCCAUGCAGAGAGCACUGAUUGGGAGGUGUCAGAAUGUCUUGGCUUUACCCAAAGGCUUUGGAGUUCAAGAACCAAAAAUACAGCAGUCAGGUUUACUGUUUGAACAGAGCCGCUGUGCAGUACAGGCAAAAAGAGCUGACAGUUCCAGCCGACUUGUUCCAUGUGGGGCAGCUAUCAGCUGGGCUGCAGUUCCUGAGCAGCCAUUGGAUGUUACUGCUAAUGGCUUUCCACAGGGAACAACAAAGAAAGGAAUCAGAAGUCUUCAGGCCAGAUCCAGAAUCAGCAAAGUGGAACUCUUCAGAUCAUUCCAGAAGCUGCUGAGCAGCAUUUCAGAGGACAAGUGGCCAGACUCCCUCAGGUUGCAGAAGCUGGACACCUACCAGGAGCACAAGGAAGCUGCAUCUGCUUACCAGGAAGCUUGGAGUGCACUCCGGAAGCAGGCCUUUGGAUCCUGGAUCAGAAACCCAUCAGACUAUCACCAGUUUAAAUGAGGAAGAAAAGUUUUUAGAAGAUCUGCUGGUAGCAGGACUCUUCAUAUUAACUGCCUCUUCCUUCAUGCUGGAUAAUCCUUAAGCUUUUCUGAUGGCUAAAUUAAACAAACAAACAAAACUUCUCUCAGAGGACUGGAUCUCUUUUUGUAUAAUAUAGAUGAAAUCUAGAACAUAGCAAUAUAUUCUUGAUUGAGAGCUGAAGUAGCUCUCUGCUAAAGUGGUAUCUCACUGAUGACCUGGGUAUCUGACUUCACUUAUGUUUUAUUGCUUCUCUAAAAUACCGAAUUAGAGUUUGGAACAUGCUGCUUUGAAAGUACUCUCCAGCAGCUCUGCUUUAUGUGUUCCUACAUUGAUUCAGAAAGUAUUUAUUAGACUGAAAUGAUGUUUAAUAUCUGCAAGUUUUACAGCUUCAUCAGGUAUAGAGAACAUGAAUUUUGUAUUCCCAACCUUUCUUCCUUUGGGGAGCCAUCCUUUUCCCAGUCUUCAGCAGUCCCAACUUGGUUGAAACUAACUGGACUCCCCAGCUCAGGAACGAGACUGUGAGCCAACUCUGGACAACCCUGUUUUCAGCUUUGUUAAUAAGAAAGAUUCUGUUUUGGUCAGAGGUGUGAGGACCACAUAAUCUUGGAACUGUGGAUGGCCAACUUUUCCUACCAGGUAGAGACAGCCGGUGAAGGAGGAAAGCAGCAAAGAACGAAGCAGCCGGGAGGACCAAAGCUCUAGGAACAUGGUUUGAAUGCCUGAAGCCAGCACCCACCCUGGACCCCAGUUCUGUGUCACAGAUUCCUGUUGCUUUGAUUAAGUCUGUUGGCAUUUGGUUUUCUGACAGCUAAAAGUUCUGUCUAAAAGACCACAAGUCCCUAUAACAAAUCAGCAACAGACCUAGCAGCCAAUCCUGUUUGACUGAUAUCUAAUAUUUAGAUCUCAACUUCUUACCUUGAAUAAUGGACUGAAAAUAUAAGCUGUCCAUGUUGGGGUCCCUCAAGGUUGGCGUUUUUAGUAACUUUAAAUAUUUCUUAACAGUUUUAUUGAGCUGUAAUUAACAUACCAUGAAAUUUAUCCACUUAAGGAUCCACAGAGUUAUGCAGCCAUCAACCUUAGAACAUGUUCAUCAACUCUAAAAAGCAACUUCAUGUUAGUUUUCAAGGACUUUAUAAUAAAGUACCACAAGCUGCAUGGCUUAACACAACAGAAAUCAUUGUCAUUUCUGAAAUCUAGAAAUCCAAAAUCAAGGUGUCAAAAUUGAAUGGGACUCAUGUUCCCUCUAAACCUAGGGAAGGAUCCUUCCCUGCUUCUUCCUUGGCACUGCUCUCCCAACAGUCCUUGGCAGUCCUUGGCUUAUAGCUGCCUCAGUCUUCACACAUCCUCUUCUCUUUGUGUGUCUUUACCUGCCCCUCUAAGAACUCCAGUCAUGUGAUUUAGGACCCUCCUAAUCCACUCUGAUCUCAAUGAACUACAUCUGCAAAGACCUUAUUUCCAAAGUCAAAUUCUUAGGUUCCAGAUGGACAUGAAAUUUGUGGGGGACACUAUUCAACCUAUUAUAAUACCCAUUAGCAGUCAGUCCUCAUUUUCCCUCAACACCCACUUCUUCCCCCUCUGGCAACCAAUAAUCUAUUUUCUUUCUAUGGAUUUUCCUGUUCUGAAUAUUACAUUUAAAUGGAAUAGUACAAUAUGUGGUCUUUUGUGACUGGCUUUUUUCACUUAGCAUUAUGUUUUCAAGAUUCGUCUUGUAGCAUAAAUCAGUACUUUUACUCCUUUUUAUGAAAUAAAAAUAUUUAGUUGUAUGGAUAUAUCAUGUUUUUUACCUAGCCAUUAGUUGAUG